AGAAAACAAUAAAAACAAUCUAAAGAAUUCAGAAGUAACUAAUGAGCAAUCAAACAAGAAUACAGAAUAUAUUAACCUCACCAAUCUCUCAGAUAUUCAAAUACAAGACAUACCCCUACUAACCUCAAAACCAAUAAAUUCACCACAACAACAUAACAACCCCAAUUCUAUAGACUAA